UAUUUCGUAGAAAUGGAAGCAGUACUGGUAUAUAUUGAGUGAGCCAGUCCUGAUAAUACAAACUGUCUUGCUCUGACAAUAUCCUGUUUGAUUUGAUGAUAAGUUCAUACAAGGCACUAAUCAUUAUUACAUAAGGCACUGAUCAAGGAAGAUGGCCUGCAAGGUGCCGGAAGAAACACAGACCUCUUUGACGUAUCAGAUCGGUAUGAUCGAGAUCUGUCGCAGCACAUUUGAGAAAUACCUCAGGCCAGCUACAGUUCUAGAUAACAUGGAUUUAGAGGCUACAAUGAAAGAAAGGAUCCGUGCUCAAGAGUCCCUGGAGCGGCAGAAGGCUGUGACAACACUAUUGGAAGCUGUCCUUGGUGAUCCAGAGAAAAACGUGCCACUAUUCAUAUAUGCACUGAGACAAACAGGAUUUGAACAUUUCUUCGACGUAUUUGAAGAGGAUACAAGCAAUGCAGAAAGCAACACAAAAGCUGCGAGAUAUGAGAUGUUCAUUCUCAUGUUAGAGGGCGAACUCAAGGACAAGAUCAUUCCGACAGAGAUCAUUGAUGACCUGAAGCCAAUACUCAGUGACAGAGACUACGAGCUGAUUCGCAACUUGGAGACCGAACGAAGUGCCCACGAUGCCUGUCAGGAGCUGUUCCUGGCCAUGCCGAGGAAAACCCCCCGCUGGUCUCUGCAUUUUAUGAAUGCUCUGUACAAGGCCUAUGGCUCACAGUUCACUGACAAAAUUCAUAACGUGUCUGAUAGUGAUGAGACGGGUUCAAGUGGAGACUCGGGAGAAGAAAGUGGUGAUGGAGAAGCAUCAACAGUGAGUGACUGUGUCAUGUCAACAAGAACUCAACAGCAAACUGUAGCAAAAGUGCCUGUUGCAGAAGUCUUUGUGCCUGAUAUUGAGAUGCAGGAGGAGUCCACACACACAGAGCAGAGCGAAUCGGAUUCGGGGAGGCAGCCAGCUUCCGAGUCCAUGGAGAUGUCUGAUGAUGAAACUGAGAAAGACCGGACCGGUAAACAAGACCUGGACCUCCGCCAAUACCAGUUAGAGCUUGCUGAGAAUGCAGUAAAACAACGCAACACCAUCAUUUGUGCCCCAACUGGUUCAGGCAAGACUCGAGUUGCACUCUACAUCGUCAAAGAUCACCUUGAAAAGCAAGCUGAAGCUGAGGCUGAUGGUAAGAGUAAAAGGAAGGUGGUGUUCCUGGCACGCACAGUCCCUCUAGUUACUCAACAGUACAAAACCUUCUGUCAAUUCCUUGGUGAUAAAAAGUACAAGAUUUUAAAGUUGAGUGGCGAGGAUGAGAGAAGCAAGCUCCUCCACCAGUUACUGGACGACAUUGACAUCAUUGUGAUGACACCGAUGAUUCUGGAGAACCAGAUGAAGGAUGCCAAGAUCAAGUCGCUGUCUGUGUUCAGCCUUAUUGUGUUGGAUGAGUGCCAUCACACACGGAAAGGGGAGCCAUACAACAAACUCAUGAUCAGAUAUCUCAAGCAGAAAAGCAAGCAGAAAUCAAAACGUCUACCUCAGAUUGUAGGCCUGACAGCUUCACUGGGUGUAGAGAAGGCAACAGUUGAUGAGGAGGCCAUUGACAAUAUCCUGAAACUAUGUGCCAACAUGGAUGCCCCUUAUCUCUCCACUGUGCAGGCACACAUAGAUGAACUCCAAGAAAAGGUCCCAGUGCCAGAUGAAAAAAAGGUUAAGUUAACUGAAAACAGGCUGGACCAUGCACGGAAAGAACUGGAGAAUGCAAUGAAGACAAUAGAGGACCAACUGAUUGACAUCAAUGAUCUGAAUAACAGAAAAAUUGACAACUUGCUAAUGAAGCGCCCCACUAAACGCAAUAGCCAGUCAUACGGUCAGUGGGCUGUCCAGCUGAGGAAUGAGGCCAGAUUGGUCCAGACGGGAACAUACAGCAGCCACGACAGGGACAUAGAGCCUAGAAAAACUGAGAUGGCAAGGGGCAUAUUUGAAAUGGCCGAUCAGCUGUUUAAAUACAAUGCAGCGUUGGAAAUCCAUGAGUAUGUUCGGAUCUAUGAUGUAGUGGACUACCUGCAGAAGGAGCUCAAUAUCAUGGAGCCGAGGCAGAAUGAAAGCAGGACAGACGAGGAACUGUCCAAGAUUUUCACAAGUUUGAAAAAGAAACUGAUCCGUUAUGAACAAAAAAGGAAAGAUGACCCCAAGUUUGACAACCCCAAUUUGAAAGUGUUAGCCAAAACACUGACAGAUCUGCUGGAGGCAAAAGGCAGUGACUCCAGAGCCAUCAUAUUUGUGAGAACCCGGGCCACCUGCUACGCUCUGACCAACUGGCUCAAUGAAGACGAAAGGAUUGACCCCCAGCUGAAAGAUCUUAAAGCCAUGGCCUUCACUGGAGCUGGAGCAAACGAGGAGGAAGGAGGAAUGACACAGAAUGAACAAGACAAAGUGAUUGCCAAGUUCAAGAGUGGUCAAGUCAAGUUGAUUGUCGCCACAUCAGUGGCAGAGGAAGGACUGGAUAUCCCAGAAUGCAACAUUGUCCUGAAGUACAACCAUGUUGGCAAUGAAAUCACAACUCUCCAGACCCGAGGAAGAAGCAGGAAAGCUGGAGGCACCUCUGUUCUGUUGGGCUGCGACAAGACACAGCAGAAAGAAACGCUCAAUCUUGCCCGUGCUGCCAUGAUGGAAAGAGCUGUCAGGGAAAUCCUAAAAAUGCCAUUUGAUCGCAUCCAACGCAGAAUCAGCAAACAACAGGAAGAGAUCCUGCUUAAAGAGGCUACAAAGGAAGUUGUCCAGCAACAUCAACUUCAACAAAAGCUUCAAAAAAGAUUUAUACUGAAAUGUGGAAGCUGUAAAAGUUUUUGUGCCCAUAGCAAAGAUCUGAGGGUCAUUAAUGAUAACCAACAUGUCGUCAUUGACAGAGAGUUUGAAGGACGUAUUGAGGUCAGACAAUUCGGAGAGCCCAAAAAACCUUUUGAUGGAAUAACUAUGACAGGGAGAAUGCAGUGUAAGGUGUGCCGAAGGGAGUGGGGGGUCAUGUUUCUUUACCAGCAGGUCUCGUUCCACUCACUGGGGAUCAAGCACUUCAUCGUUGUUGAUGAAGAAACGAAUCAACCCAAGUACUACAAGAAAUGGUUCGAGCUCCCUUACACCAUCAGGAAUAUAUCCACAGAGGAUUUCAAGACACGUUUUGGACCUGGCGAUGAUUGCAGAUCUGAUGAGGAGGAAGAGGGGUAGAAAGAACUUGAUCUGUUUGUAUAUUGAAAUAUUCUCUCUAGACAGAUGGAAGAUGCGGAUUAAGGAUGUUUAAGUCCUGCAGUGACCUUUGCAAUGAAACAUCGAUUUAACACAUUUGGAUUGAUUGACUAAAUCAAUACCAUGCGUGUAUAUCAUUUAAGUAGUAUUACAUAUUAUUUUGAUUAGUAAAUACUUUUUCAGAAAUAUGUUCCAACCGAACCUUUGAUUUAUACAAACUCAAAAUGAAGUACUUUCUUCUUAAUAGUUGGUUCUUUUGUGAUAAGUCUUAUUGUGAUUUGAAACUUCCGAUUAUCCAAUCAAAUACGAGAAUUCCAGCAAGUCCUGGUUGAAAUGCAGUAAGGAAUGCGGUAUAUAUACUAGCCUCAUAAAGAAACUGUGCACACCGAAAAUUUCUUCAGAAUUGGAAUACAACACAGAAACGACGAAGUAGACACUUUAUAAGCUGAAGUAUCGGGCCUCAACAACAUGUGAAA